AUGCCCUUCUGGCGCUCGCGUGACGACGGCAGCGACAGUGCGAGCACCACGAGCCGCGGCAGCGCAUCGCUCAAGCCCGCGGGCCCGCCUCCACCAGGGGAGCACUCGCAGAGGUGGCCGCUCACGGCCUCGCUGUGGCGGGCCCUGCGCUUCCACGCGGGCUCCAUCGCGUACGGCGCCUUCUUGCUCGCCGUGACGCAGCUCUUGCGUCGGGGCCUCCAGUGGCUGGAGCGCCAGUCGGCGGGCGGCGGCACGGGCGUCACCAUGCGCUGCUUGCGGUGCUACACUCGCUGCCUCGGCCGGUGCAUGAGCUACAUCAACUCCUUCGCCUACAUCUUCGUCGCGCUCGACGGCGACGCCUUCUGCUCCGCCUGCCGCGAGACGUUCCUCCUCACCGCGCGCUACCCGGCGCAAGCCGUCAUCAACGUUACCGUGCAGUCGCUGCUCUUUGGCGUCCAGUCGGUGGGGAUACCGCUCGCCUGCGGGGUCGUCUCGUACGCCCUCAUCAGCAGCGGCGUGUGGCCCACCUGGGUUGACGCGGCGGGCAGGUGGUUGGAGGAAGCGGCGAGCGGCUCGCCCCUGACGGGCCCGGCUGCCGACGGCGCCGGGGUGGCGCAGCUUGCGGAGGGAGGGGGAGGGGGGUUGAGCGCGCAGCCGCUGCUUCGCUGGAUGCAGGACCAGCCCGGGGUGGAGCCGCUGCUGCCGAGCCUGGCCGUGGCGGCGUUGGCGCUCUUCGUCGGACGCGCCCUCGCCAGCGUGUACGAGUGCACUGUGUCGACCAUCUUUGUCUGCGCGAUGAGGGACGCGGAGGCGUACGGCGGGGCGCACGUGACAAGCGCGCUGCGGGCGAGCCUCAAGCUCGAAGGCAAGGGAGGGACGCGCAACUCGGCGGCGCUGGCGCGGGCCAAGAGCGCCAACAGCCGAGGCCUGGUCGUGCGAGGAAAGGGGGCGGAGGCCGACGUGGAGGCUGCUGCCGGCAGGGGAUACUUGAGAUUGUGGGAGUAG